GAAAUAGAAUAGUUUCGCGUCUGUUUGGACCGCAGCCCGGCUGAAACUGUGCCUCCGCCGCCUGGAUGACAGAGGGGCUGUGGGGUUCACUCCGAAGCGAGGGAAAGAAAAAAGAGAAAAAGGGGAAAAAAAAGAAAAUCCUGAGGUCGCUUUAGACUUUAAGAAAACUCCAGUGUGCUAAAAAGAAAUCAGUCCGGUUCGGCGGGGGGAGAUAACUCACGCCACGCCGCGCCGCGACACGCUACGCUAGUUCUCGGCGGCGCUGCGAUGAGACGCGUCGGAGCGCUAAAACUCUGAGACUGCCGACUCGAUUGGCCGGGGCUUCCUGGUGCUAUGGUAAAGCUGUGUGAAUGCAGAGAGAAUGGCGACGCCGCAGAACAGCAGACAUAACUCUGCUUCAUCCUCCCCUCAGAGGAAGCACGUGAUCCAGGUGGACUCCGUGCAGCGCUGGAUGGAGGACCUGCGUCACAUGACGGAGGUGGAGUGCAUGUGCAUCCUGCAGUCCAAGCCCAUCGGCGUGGACGAGGACGUGCAGGGGGAGCUGAUCGUGGGCGGGGCCGGGGAGCAGGGGGCCGGGGGCGGGGGCGGGGCCAGCGACGGCCUGCAGACGCUGCUGAAGAGGGCCUUCAUCGUGAGCACCGAGCUGGGCAAGAUGUUCCAGCGGCUGGAGAAGGGCCGCUGGCAGCGCGUGCACAGCGCCGCCGUGCGGGCCAACUGCCACGUGCACUCCCUCAUACAGGAGUACAGCGCCACCCGCAGCUCCCCCGCGGAAAUGCAGAAGUAUGAGAAAUCCCUGCUGGACAAGUGCAUGGAGCUGACGGCCAUCACAGAGAGGUGUGUACAUACAGAAGACGAGUAUUUCCUGUCAUCGAUGAAGGAGGCGAUCCAUGAGAUACUGACGGACGUCAGCGACUCGUUCAGCCAAAUGAUUGACAUGGCCUUGGCCAAUGAGGUGCAGAUCCUGAUCAGACAGAUCGAGACCUCGGACAACGUGUACACCAUCGGCACCGCCAUCAGCAGCCUGCUGUCCCUCACACAGGACGGCCCCCAACUGUGCAGCAUCAUCGCCAAGGAGGGGGCGGUAGUGGCCCUGUUCAAGAUCUGCAGACAGGACUGCUUCAGCUGCCUGUACGCUCACGCGCUGCGGACGGUGGCCUCCAUCUGCUGUGUGGAAGAGGGCAUCAAGCAGCUGGAGAAGGUGGACGGGAUCCUGUGUCUGGCGGAGAUCCUGACGGACGAGGGCAGUGUGGAGGCGGCGCGGGCGGAGGCCGCCGCGGUGGUGGCCCAGAUCACCUCCCCCCACCACACCUGCACGCAGCACCUGGCCAGCUUCCUGGAGAACAUGCAGGACAUCGUCACCGCCCUCAUCAAGCUUUGUGAAGAGGCCUCCACGGGGGAAGUGUUUCUCCUAGCCUCCGCGGCGCUGGCUAACAUCACCUUCUUCGACACCAUGGCGUGUGAGAUCCUGCUGCAGCUCAACGCCGUGCACAUCCUGCUGCAGGCCUGCCACGAUCGCCAGAGAGUGGACACGCCCUACUCCAAGGACCAGGUUGUAACCAUCUUGGCAAACAUGUCUGUUCUGGACCAGGCUGUAUCUGAGGUGCUUCAGGAGAAGGGGAUUGAGCGGCUGCUGUUGCUCCUGGGCGAGAAACCUUCCUCCUCCAGUCCAUCAGAGGGCGCUGCGUGCGAGAGGGUGCAACAGAAAGCUGCCGUCACGCUGGCCCGUCUGAGCAGAGACCCUGACGUCGCCCAAACCGCCAUCCAGCUGCAGACCAUCCCCCGCCUCAUCGAGCUGUGUCGUUCGCCGGCGGAGAGGAACAACAGCGACUCGGUGCUCGUCGCCUGUCUGGCAGCCCUGCGGAGGCUGGCGGCCGUGUGUCCGGAGAGCGUGGAGGCCAGCGACCAGGAGCAGCUGAUCAAACCGCGGCUGGUCGACUCCUUCCUCCUCUGCUCCAACAUGGAGGAGAGCUUCGUGUAGGAGGCCCCGCCUCCUGCGUCAUGUGUGGGGGGGGGGGGGGGAUGCCCGAGCCAUUUCACACCCUACUGGCCCCUGUUCCCAGCCAAAAAACCAAAAACAUCUUAUCAAAGACUUGCUGUCAGUAACACUGCCCAAGGACCCGGCAGCACCACCCCCGUGCAAUCCCCCCCGGGGGACUCCACAGUAAAUGCUAAAAGAAUCCAUAUCAUCUGCAUAAAGUAUAUUUGCCAUUAUAAACUGAUUUUAAAAAAAUGACGCGUAUUUGCCAUUUAAGUGGUACAAAUGGGAUUUUUCCACAAUAUUUAUGGUACUAUUAUUGAUUUUCUGUAAUAAUAUAUGACUGAAAAAAUGAACAGUUACAGAGUGCAUCUAAUGAAUAUAACUGAUGAAUUUUUAUAAGUUUAAGUGUAAUGCUUUUGUUGUUGAAAGUCAUAAUAAACUAUAUGAAAUAAA